AAUUGACUGGGAUUUCUGGGAGUUGAAGUCCAAAAAGCUUGGAGGACCAAAGGUUGGGAACCACUGCUUUACGGCAAUUGGACGCAAGGCUUGACUUUCAGUCUUGGAGCUUUUGAAAAUGCAAUCUUUGGUUAGUUUAGUGUUUCUUUUAAAUUCAAAGUCUGGCUAUUUUAGAGUUUUCAAAAGUGCAACAUCUAGUUAUUUUGGAAUUUCUAGAAGUUCAAAGUCCGGUUGUUUUGGAAUUUCUGAAAGUGCAAUAUUUAGUUAUUUUGGAAUUUCUAAAUUUGGAAGUUCAAAGUCCGGUUGUUUUGGAAUUUCUGAAAGUGCAAUAUUUAGUUAUUUUGGAAUUUCUAAAUUUGGAACUUCGAAGUCCGGUUGUUUUGGAAUUUCUGAAAGUGCAAUAUUUAGGUAUUUAUUGGAAUUUCUAGCUGUGCAAAGUAGGAUUAUUUUGGAGUUUGCAUGCAAAGCAUAGAUAUUUUGGAGUUUUCAAAACCGCAAUGUCUACUUGUCUUCGAAGUUCUGAAAGUGCAAAGUAGGGUUAUUUUGGAGUUUUGGGAAGUGCAAAAUCUGUUUAUUUUGGAGUUUUCAAAAGUGCAACGUCUGUUUUGUUUUGUUUUGUUUUGGGUUUUUUUUGAGUUUCUGGAAAGGCAAAGCUUGGAGACUUUGCAACAUGGCAGAUCCUCUUCUGAUCUAACCCAGGACUUUCCUUCUGAGCCUUUUCUUAUCAAAGAAAAGCCGCAUUCCUCCUUGGUGCCUUGGAACGGGGAAGCGCAUCCUCCCACCUCCCAAUAAAUCUCCCUCCCAGCCUUUGACCUGAACGGUCAGUCGGUCAGCCAAAAUGCCCCGAGAAGAAGCCGUAAAACAAUCAAAGAAAACAGCCGGAUGCGGAGGUACCUAGGUUUUCUACUCCAAAGACUUUUAAGGCUCCCUUUGGCAAGGCAUCCUCCUGAGAAAUCCACUUUUAUGGUGCAAAACCGGAUCAACUCAGAGGAGGAGGAGGAGGAGGAGAGCUCUAGUUGGACUUGGCUGGCAGCACCAUGAGCUCCGGUGCCGCAACUCUCCCUUUGGGAGACAUCCACGACUUCUCUUCGGAGGAAGCCCAGCAGCUGCUUUCCAACAAGUUCGUGGUGAUUUUGGGGGACUCCAAUUACCGAACGAUUUAUAAGGAUUUCAUCAAGUUCUUGCAGACAGAAGAGACGCUCAUGCUUCCACAGCUGCAGGGGAAGGGCGAGGAGUCCUUUGCCAACGACCGGCGGGUGGAAUUUAAAGGGCUGCACAACAAGGACACUUUCUGCGAGGUGCGCCAGUAUCGGACCGAGCACCACCUGGUGCGCUUCUACUUCAUCACUCGGGUCUUUUCGAAUUACAUGGAGAGCAUCUUGAAUGACUUCAAGGUGGGGCUGGUUCCGGACGUCCUCAUCAUGAAUUCCUGCCUCUGGGACCUCAACAAAUACCAUGACCGUGCUGCUGCUGAUCCUAUCCGGAAGGCCCUCCUAGAAUACCGGCAGAACCUGGGAAAGCUCUUUGAGCGGCUGAGUGACAUCUUGCCUCCCGGCUGCCUCAUCAUCUGGAACACAGCGAUGCCCAUUAGGAACGCCCACGGGCCCAUCUUCCAAGAUUCAAAACAAUCGACGCCGAGGGAUGUGAUUGAGGCCAACUUCUACAGCGCCAGCCUGGCCCUUUGCUACCGCUUUGACGUCCUGGACCUUCACUACGCUGUCCGGUUCCUUGAGGACCACCACCACAGCGACGGGGUCCAUUGGAGCAGCUGGGUCCACCGUUGCGUGACAAAAUUGCUGCUGACCCACAUGGCCGGAGCCUGGGGGGUCCAACUGGAGAGGCGGAGACCUCAACCCGGGCCGGAGAGGAAUAUGGACAGCGUGAACGCUCCCAGGCAGAAGAUCUUGACCUCUACGCCCAAGGGCUAUCCUCCUGCUCCGGUCCAUCGUGGCAACCGUGGCCACUUCCACCCGGAUACUAUGAACUACAGUAAUGGGUCUGUGAAUGGCUAUGGACAGUGGUGUCCCGGUCAGGAAGACCAAUAUGCAAACACUGGAUACCGACAGGAGCCGCAGAGUCAAUUUGACUGGCCCAACCCUGGCAACAAUCCCAAUUUCCAACGGAAUGGCAACUACAAUAAUGGGCUUGUAGCAGGUUGGCAAGGAAAUCAGGCCCACCCCAACUGGAACAGUCUUGGCGAUGACUCUGGUUUCGGCCACAACAGCAGCUACGGCCAUGAGUUUUUGGAAGAGCAUCCAUGCCCGCAGGGUCCUCAACGCCAUCCCAAUUGGACCAAUUUUGGCAAUGGCUCCGGUUCCAGCCUCAAUGGAAGCUACGGCCAUCAAUUUGCAGAAGGGCCGGGUCUUCAACGGCAUCCUGAGUGGCACAGUUCUGGCAACGGCUCCAGUUUAGGACACAACGACAGCUACGGCCAUGAGUUUUUGGAAGAGCAUCCAUGCCCGCAGGGUCCUCAACGCCAUCCCAAUUGGACCAAUUUUGGCAAUGGCUCCGGUUCCAGCCUCAAUGGAAGCUACGGCCAUCAAUUUGCAGAAGGGCCGGGUCCUCAACGGCAUCCUGAGUGGCACAGUUCUGGCAACGGCUCCAGUUUAGGACACAACGACAGCUACGGUCAUGGGUUUGAUGGAGAUCGUCCUUAUCUUCAGGGUCAUCAACGUCAUCCUCAUGAUGGUUUCCACCACAAUAACAGCUAUGCCUUCACGGGAGAGCAGCAUUAUGAUCCACAACCCCGUUGCAGUUGGCCCAGUCCCGGCAAUGACUCCGGCUUCCCGCUCAACGGGAACUUCUUUUACAGAUUCCUGAGCGAGCCUCCGUGCCGGAACGGACACCUCUUGCAACACCCCGGACAACUCAGACCCGGCAAUGACCCCAGCUUCCAGGAGGAUGUUGGCUUCCACGAAGAGAACCUGGGGGAUUAUGAACGCGAUCACUUGCCCCAUCGCAGACCUCUGCCCCAAUUAGAGAAUUACAUCCCGCCAAAUGGUUGGUGCCCAGAAGGCUAUGGAGACCCACAGAGAGGACCACCCAACAUGGCAGAAAUGCAUCAAAGCUUCCUUCCUCCUCCUCCUCCUCUUCCUCCUCCUGGACCUUUUUUGUCACCAUACGGGUCUCCCCGGGAACCCCGGAAACGGUUCCUUGUUAAUUGCCAACCGUCCCAGAAGAACGUCCCCAACAAGAAGCACCGGAAAGGCUCCAGAAAGACCCGAGGUUCAAGAAAAUCUUAAUGGAGAAUUCCCCACUUCUCAUUAGCCGUGACUUUGAUGGCUUUCAAUGUUUACACCCCUGAAUAUCGGGGAGAAAAACCCUGAACACGAACCUUGACCUGCAGCUGGAUUUGCAGGACGUGCCGUUGUUGAUGGGACCACGCUUUGGGUUUGGAGCCCAACUCUUUGGGGGUCCUUAUGUUUCCCGGGUUUAGGAACCAAGGAAGGGACUCCCAUCUGGUUUCCUACAAAAACUCCUUUUUGAAAAAUAAUAUUUGGGGCAAAAAGGUCUCCUAUAAUCCCAGAUUUUAGGAGAAUGCUCCAACUCAUGGUCAGAUCCUGUUGCAAAUAAUUUAUGUAAGAUUCCCACGACUGCAAAACCCAUAUCCAUGGUUUUUUGAAUCCACAGUUUGGUGGAAAAUGGCCUUUUUAGGACUUUGCUCAGUUCUCCAUAAAUUCUGUUACAUUUCCCACAUAAAUUGCCCUGGGGGACCUAACAAAUUCCCUAUAAAACAGAUGCCUAUACACUGCCAUAUAAUCCAAAUUAUCAAAGCAGACAAUCCACAUAAUCUGCUUUGAACUGAAUUAUAUGCAAUGUAGACUCAGAUGCUUUCUACACUGCCAUAUAAUCCAGAUUAUCAAAGCAGAUCAUCCACAUUAUCUGCUUUGAACUUAAUUAUAUGAGGGUCUUUCUACACUGCCAUAUAAAAUCCAGAUUAUCAAAGUAGAUCAUCUACAUUAUCUGCUUUGAACUGAAUUAUAUGAGGGUCUUUCUACACUGCCAUAUAAAAUCCAGAUUAUCAAAGUAGAUCAUCUACAUUAUCUGCUUUGAACUGAAUUAUAUGAGGGUCUUUCUACACUGCCAUAUAAAAUCCAGAUUAUGAAAUUAGAUCAUCCACAUUAUCUGCUUUGAACUGGAUUACAUGAGGGCCCUUCUACAUUGCAAUAUAAAAUCCAGAUUAUCCGCUUUGAGCUGGAUUAUAUAGCAGCGUAGACUCAUAUAAUCCAGUUUAAUGUGGGUUAUCUGCUUUGAUAAUCUGGAUUAUAUGGCAGUGUAGAAGGCACCUGAGUCUACACUGUCAUAUAAUCCAGUUCAGAGCAGAUAAUCUGGAUUUUAUAAGGCAGUGUAGAUGUAGAUGGGCCCUAAAUCUCUAGUAGAUCUUCUAGGGCAGUGUUUCUCAACAUGGGGGUUGCCAAAAACCAUUAAAAAACAUAUUUCUGAUGGUCUUGGGAAUCUGUUUGGCAGAGAAGGCUGGAUGUAGGUGAACUACAACUCCCAAACACAAGGUCAAUGCCCACCAAACCCUUCCAGUAUUUUCUGUCAGUCAUGGGAGUUCUGUGUGCAAAAUUUGGUUCAAUUUCAUCAUUGGUGGAGUUCAGAAUGCUCAUUGAUUGCAGGUGAACUAUAAAUCCCAUCAACUACAACUCACAAAUGACAAAAUCAAUCCCCGCUGAACCUCACCAGUAUUCAAAUUUGGGUGUAUUGGGUAUUUGUGCCAAAUUUGGCCCAGUGAAUAAAAAUACAUUCUGCAUAUCAGAUAUUUACAUUACCAUUCAUAACAGGAGCAAAAUUUCAGUUAUGAAGUACAGUAGAGUCUCGCUUAUCCAACAUAAGCGGAUCCGCAAAAUGUUGGAUAAGCAAAAAUGCUGGAUAAUAAGGAUUAAGGAAAAGCUUAUUAAACGUCAAAUUACAUAAUGAUUUUGCAAAUUAAGCAACAAAAUAUGUUUUACAACAGAAAAAGAGGUUCUAUAUAUGAUAACGUUAUGUAAUAAUUACUGUAUUUACGAAUUUAGCACCCAAACUUUGCAAUGUAUUGAAAAUCUGACUACAAAAACAUUGACUACUAAAUGGCAAACUGCGUUGGAUAAUACAGAACGUUGGAUAAGUGAAGGUUGGAUAAGCGAGACUCUACUGCAAGCCUUCAAAGCAAUAGUUGUGCCUUGAUUUUCUAGCCAAGGAUUAUUUUCUGUAAUUCUUUGUACCAGGUGGCAUUUCUGAGAAGAGCUAUUUACCAAAAUAAAAACUACUGUCUGUUUCCUUUCCUUGGGCGAAAAAACUCUCCCAAGUUAAGUAUUAUUAAAAGAGAAACAGCAAGGGAUUUGAGUCCCAGGGAAUAAUAUUAAUAUUUUCUGCUGUAUUUUUCAAGGUGUGCCUUUGAGGUUCCUCUUUCUGACCAUUGUUACCUGUGGCUUUUUUAUAUGAAUGUAUUAACAAGCGAUGUUUUUGCACUACGAGUCUUCUUCAAGGUUGGAAAUAAAUGGUCCCAAUACAUAGAUGCCUACAUGAAA